AUGAGUCACCGAAAGUUUGAGGCUCCCCGCCACGGCUCCCUGGCUUACCUGCCCAGGAAGCGUGCUGCCCGUCACCGUGGAAAGGUCAAGUCCUUCCCCAAGGAUGACCCCAAGAAGCCCGUCCACCUGACGGCCGCUAUGGGUUACAAGGCUGGUAUGACCACCAUCGUUCGUGACCUCGACCGACCUGGCGCCAAGGCCAACAAGAAGGAGAUUGUUGAGGCUGUUACUAUCGUCGAUACCCCACCAAUGAUCGUUGUUGGUCUUGUGGGAUACAUCGAGACUCCCCGAGGCCUGCGAUCCCUCACCACCGUUUGGGCCGAGCAUCUGAGCGACGAGGUCAAGCGCCGAUUCUACAAGAACUGGUACAAGAGCAAGAAGAAGGCUUUCACCAAGUACGCCAAGAAGCACUCCGAGAACAACGGUGCCUCCAUCACCCGCGAGCUCGAGCGCAUCAAGAAGUACUGCACCGUCGUCCGUGUCCUCGCCCACACUCAGAUCCGAAAGACCCCCCUCAAGCAGAAGAAGGCCCACCUUAUGGAGAUCCAGGUCAACGGUGGUUCCAUCGCCGACAAGGUUUCUUUCGGCCAGGAGCUCUUCGAGAAGCCCGUCGACAUCUCCAGCAUCUUCGAGCAGGAUGAGAUGAUUGACGUCGUUGCCGUCACCAAGGGUCACGGAUACAACGGUGUCACUGCCCGUUGGGGUACCAAGAAGCUUCCUCGCAAGACCCACAAGGGUCUCCGAAAGGUCGCUUGUAUCGGUGCUUGGCAUCCUUCCCACGUCCAGUGGACUGUUGCCCGUGCCGGUCAGAUGGGUUACCAUCACCGAACCUCGGUCAACCACAAGAUCUACCGUAUUGGUAAGGGCGACGCUGAUGACAACGCCGCCACCGAGAUCGAUGUCACCAAGAAGACCAUCACUCCUCUGGGUGGUUUCGUCCGCUAUGGUGAGGUCGCUAACGACUUCGUCAUGCUCAAGGGUUCCAUCCCUGGUGUCAAGAAGCGUGUCAUGACCCUCCGAAAGACCAUGUUCCCCCAGACCUCCCGAAGGGCCCUCGAGAAGGUCAGCCUCAAGUGGAUCGACACAUCGUCCGAGUUCGGACACGGUGCCUUCCAGACCCCUGCCGAGAAGAAGCAGUACCAGGGUACCCUCAAGAAGGAUCUUGCCUCCGCUUAA